GGGGGAUAUAAGGGACUCGAUCGACUCGCGUGCGAGAUUGUUUGUUCUCGUCGGGGUUUUUCUUUGCCUGUAAGGCACUUGCACUUUUGUCGCUCGUUUUGCUCCAUUUCUGCAAAAUGGAUCUCCCUUCGUUUUUGCUGCCGCGCGGUAUUGAGCAUGGCACCCGCCAGGCGUCAGUGUUUGGGAUCGGGAUUAGUUUUGCGGUUUUCAUUAUGGUGGUGAUUCUUUUGCGAUUAUAUGUGCGGAUCUCUCUAAUCAAUGCGAUCGGUGUAGAUGACGUUCUUAUGGUGAUUGGCGCUGUCUUCACUUUUGGUCUUUCUGUUGCGUCCAUGAUCGCUGCAUAUCAUGGCACCGGCAAACAUGUCGAGGAAAUUCCCAUGACCUCCCUCCCUCCCAUGCUAAAAGCCAUAUACUCGACCCGCCUGAUUUAUAUUAUCGCCAUGUUGUUCGUCAAGAUGUCGUUGCUCUGGUUCUAUCUACGCCUGGACCGCCGCCGCCGAAUGAAAUGGACCGUAUACUUCCUCAUGUUCUUCGUAAUUGGCAUAUCGGUAUCCAGCUUCUUCGUGCUCGCUUUUUCGUGCUACCCACCUGCUAUGUUCUGGGAUGUUGAGGGCACAGUUGAGGGAGAGUGCAUGUCGCCGGGAUCGCAGCAGGCGUUUUACGAUGCGAACGGAAUCCUGAAUAUUGUGACGGAUAUCUUUAUUUAUUUGACCCCCAUUCCGAUGCUUUGGGGGGUUAAAAUUUCGGGGAGAAAGAAAGGGGCCUUGUUCGCCAUCUUCGGGCUGGGUAUCUUAGCCGUUGCCGCUGGUUGCGUUCGAUACGACUACGUGCGCCUCCUCUCCAAUACAGCAGACCAAUAUUACUUUCUCGCGGACUCCUUAAACUGGUGCAGUAUCGAGAUCUACGUCGCCAUAUUCUGCGGUUCCGCACCCGCCCUCUCCGUCCUCAUCAAAACCUACGCGCCCCGCGUCUUCGGCAGCUCAUACGGCCGCCACGACUACGAAAGCGACAACACACCGGGUAACUCAUCUGGCCAAACACCUGCGCAGAGGCUCUCCGGCAGAGGAAAAGACAUCUGGCACAAGGCGAAGAUCAGCGGACGACGCGGCCUGCAAGAUACGACGCUGACUGGCAGCGAAGAGGCGAUUGUUCCCGGGGACGGGAUUGUGUUGAAGACGGAGUUGAGAAUGGAUGUGAUGCAGCGGGAACGGGAAAAUGCUGAAGCAGCGGUGGCGGAUGAAGCGACGUAUAAGGGGAGUGGGGUUAGGCAGAGUGUUUGA